AUGUUGGAGGGGGAAGAGCAAGAUGCUCGCGAUAAGUUGGAACAGGUGGAUACCGAGCUGGCUUUACAGGUUGUGGCAGAUAGCAUCAACGAUGGUGAGGUGGUGAACUUAGACGAGCCGGUUGAGACAUUGGUUGUGGGUACACUGGCAACACCAUCACAGCCAGCCAAACCACCUGUUUUCUCUGCAAUCGACGAUCCUGAAGGAUGGAAUGCCCAAGUUCCCUCCAAGACAAUCAUUGAUCGCAUUGUGAGUACCAAUUUCCAGAACAGAAAGUCCUUGCAAAUGGCCAAAAUGCAGAACAUCAGAGCCAGAGCCCUCAAGAUUGACUUCAACUAUAAGAUGGUAAAAUGUGUGAAGGUGUACACCGGUCAUGGAGAAUGUUUUUCUCCUUUUCAGUGCAGUGUGAACGUCCAUCAGGAAAACGGGCUUUGUGUCUAUUUCAAGGCAUACCACAUUACGGAAGGUUUCGGGCCGAAUUGCAUGGGACCAGACUUGGAGAAGCUCAAAGAACAUUUUGAUUACCUUGGUUGCAAUAUUGGUAUUGUCUGGGUAGACAAUUGCUGCAAUGUCCGGAAGAAGCUUCAAGAGACCUUUGGAGAAGACUGUCUUGUUAAGUUAGACUCCUGGCAUUGGCAUGAGCGCUGGGAAGGUAUUAUCCAUGACAAGAAGUCCGCAGAAGCCCAGGUUUUCUAUUAUUUGAUGCGUCGCGCGACCUAUGUUACGGAAGAUUCAGAACUGGAGCGAGCCAAGGAAGCCUACCAAAGAAGGACCGGUCGUGAACCAACCAAGAAACAGUUGAUGAAGGAGGCCAAGUCAACUAUCCCACCAAAAGACAUUCUGAAGAGCCGGGUAGAAGAAGUGCUUCGGUACGUGCAUCACAACGAUUCUCUCGUGGAUUUAGAGGAGUCGAAUCUGGCAAGGGUAUCCGAUCCAGCAGAUGGCGAACAGGUGGUCACAAGACGUCGAUUCUUUAGCACAAACCGGGCCCUUGUUGCGAGAACAAUCAAGAACCAGAUGAAACAUGUUGAACAUGGCUGCUUGUCUGACCCACCCAAGGAGGUAAUGGAAAUCCACCAAGUUAAUCCGUACACCGAGCAAGCUUUUUCCAGCCGUUCUACCGGAACUAAUGAAGCUGACAACCGUCUGUUGAAUCGCUUGUUCAAAGAAGCUACGACUGUCGGAAUUGCAAGAGCUGAAAGGAUUACGUUCGAUCACUACGAGAAAACCAAUGACAACCGUGCAGUUAAACGUUUGGGUGCUCCAAUGCCAAUCACAAGUCACUCUGAACGUGUCUAUUUCAUGAAUUCGGUAGCCAAAUCGGCUGGUUUUAAUCCAAAAGAUCUUCCGCUUCAAGUGUCUUAUCCACCCAGCGUUCCAGUGAUUGAGUACAUGGGAUAUGACUACGAGUUGCCUGAUUGCUUGAAAGAGGUCACCACAAGAGCUGAAGAUGACGUGCCAGAUGGAGGUGCCGAAGGCCGCAACGAUUUCCAAGAUUUCCUGGCUGGCGUUGACUUUGCCGAUGACGACGUGCCUGUGCAAACACCGGAGGCAGCAGCCGCCGAAGAACGUAUCUUACAAGAUCCAGAGAUUGAUACAGAGCCGCACUCUUUGACCGCCGCCGCUUUUGAACAGGAACUUGCUAAGCAUCUACCACACAUUAGACCCAAGGAAACCAGCAUGCAGACCUUCACUCGAUUGACCAACGGGAGUCCAUGGGUUGAUUUCGGAGAUCCCCGGGAACAAGGCAGCCCUUCCGACAAGGCUGAGUUUGAUCUCUUCGAAUCUCUCAGUCCAAAUUACGACCGACACAGCAACAACAUGAAUGGUCCUCGCGGAUAUUAUCGCUUUUCCAAGAGGUGGGAUAUCGAAGUGGCAAAGAACACCAAGGAGAGGACGGAUGCUAUUUGGAGUGGAAUGGAGCCACCUCCAAUGAUCCGACGCGAAUCUGCAUUGCAGCUGCAGCAGCACCAUGAUCGAGUGUUGGCGUGCCAGCAGCAGGCGAACUUAGCCGGUGAAGAUCCCGCGAGGCAGCAACUCGAGGAGGCUUUUCGUGUCACCCAACGACAAAUGGGCCAGCACCAGACUUCCGUAAUGGCAGGAGAAGCUCUUCGUUUUGACCAUGAUCGCGGCAAUGCCCCUCUUGGAAAUCCAUUGGCACUGAACAACAAUAUCACGGCAGCUUCUGUCGGAGGGAGAGUUGCAGACCCUACUGCUCCGUUCGUUAUCAGACAAGUUCGAAAGGCCACCAUUGUGGAAAACCCCAUGUUAAAUCCUAGGGGAACGAACUUUCGUAACAGGAAGUAUUGUGUUGUCUGUGGAUUUUCGAAGAGCGACCACUCGCAUUUGAGUCGACAAUUUGGCAACGACUGCUCUGGAAACUGCGGCCGUGAGGAGUGCUCCAAGUGCUUCCAACGACUCGAGUUCCACGAAUUGGGCAAGGUUGGACCAUACUGCGAAUACGCCCCCUCUUCUGGCAGUGGGUACAGCGACUGGUACAUCAACACGGAGAGCAACAACGAGAAUCGCCGCAAUUGA